AUGGAGCGCAAAGAGCAUCGGGGGGGCGGGAGCCCGGGCGGCGGCGGGGGGCUUCCUCCUACGCGGGCGGCGGCAGCCUCCGCCGGGGCGCCGUGCGAGGGCGAGGCUGGCUCGGUGGUGCAGCGCACCCAGGUGCUGCUGCUGGCCGGCGAGCCCGACGGAGACCCGUCGGUGCUGAGCUCCUUCGCGCAGCACGUGCUGCCCGCGGCCGGCGGCGAGCCGGCCCGGCGGACAGCAGCGGCGGCGGAUACCCCGGGCGAGCCCAGCAGCGCCCACCAGCCACCGCCGUCCUCGCAGCUUCAGCUUCCAAGCCCGGCGGCGCCGUCGGGGCAGCUGAUCUUCUUCCUGUGCCGGGCGUCCUCGCUGCAGGAGCGGGCGGAGCGCCUGCGGGAGGUGCUGCGCGGCGUGCGGGAGCAGAGCCGCGGCGCCCCGGCCGCCCUGGUGGGCGUGAUCGUGCAGCCGCGGCCCGAGGAGGAGCGGGAGGCCCGCGGGCGCCUGGAGGACCUGCUGAGCGAGGUCUUCCCGGCGGCGGCGCCCGAAGGCGUGCCCGUCGAGAUCCACACUGCCGUCUUCUCGCCCGGCAGGCCCGCGGGCGCCCUGCAGCUCUACCGGGUCCAGAAGAAGCGCCUCUCGCUCCAGAAGACGGUCAGCUCGCAUUGGCUGGACAAAUCCAUGAUGCUGCAGAUUUUGGGCGCAAUGCUGUCUGUAGGGACCGUGGUGUUUGGAGGCUACUACUUCUACAACAACCCCGUUGUGUGACGUGUGCUUUCCUGCCUGUGCGUCUCCAUCCCUGUGUGGUUAAUUAAGUUGUGCCCAUCUGGAUCUUCGGCUGUCACCCGAAAUAAAAUAAAAUCAAAAUCAAAAAGGCAAGGCUGCAUGUGUACAGUUGAGCCAACUUGGGGUCUAGUCUCCAAAUCAGGGGUU